GAAACCAGGAGGCUCAGAGGGAUCCAAGGGGCAGAGACACAAAAAGAGAGGCUGAGACACAGGACCCUGGUGUGCUGGACACCCAGAUUGAUGGAAGUCACCCAGAGAAACAGAGGAUAUGCGAUUGGACCUGAGGACUGGCGGAAAUAGCCAAAGAAACAAGAAGGGACCUAUGAGACACGAAGGGACCUGAGAGACUUAGAGGAAGCCAAAGAUAAAGGAAUGGAACCCAUGCCCUGUGGAAAGGACCGAAGAGGCGCGGGAAAACCCGAGGAUGAACGAAUGGUUCCGAAGCCUGGCGGAAAGGACCGAGGAAACAAACGGAAGCUCAGCUUGACAGUUGGUUGACCAACGAGCGGCGGGGAACCUGAGGCCGUGGGUCUUGACCCAAACAUUGAGCUGGGACUAUGGAGGAGGAGCAGACCUGGAGCCCAGGAGGUCUCUCUGGGAACCUCGGACAGGCCAGUGCCCCGAGAGGGGUGGAGGAGUUAAGAGAAUUUGAAAAAUACAAGAAGUGUGAUUGCCUUCCAGUGGAUAAAAGAGUGCAUGAGGUAAAGGAGGAGCGGGACAGGAGGGCUGAUAAGCCUCCUGUCCAGCUGAGUGAACUGGAGAAACAUGUGGCCCCAAGCAGGGCCAUGUCUGAAACAUCAGCAGCUCCUGUGGGAGGUGCAGAAGGUGAAGAAGGAGCUGGAGGGCGCCUUGGGGCAGCUAAAGGAAGAAAACCUGGCUCUGCAGAACAAAAUGAGGCAGCAGGAGGAUCACCUUCUGCAGACUGACACCAGGGCAGAGCUGUGGUCAGCCCAGGCGGAAGAGCACAAGAACAUCGUGCACAACAUGGAGGAGCAGCAGAAGAUGAUUGAUGCCUUAGGGCUUCAGAACUGCCUGAUAAAGGAGCAGCUGGCCCAGAUGCAGGACAGCUUCCAGAGGCUGAGAGAAGAAAACACCAAUAUAGUGACCACCCUGAGCUCAGAGCAGCUCAGACACAAUGAGCUGACUUGGAAACUCGGCCAGCUGCAGGAGGAGAUCUCCCAGCUCAAGGCAGUGGUGGCGCUGAAGAGCCAGGAGGCCCAGGUGCUGCAGCAGCAGAGAGACCAGCUGCUGGGCAUCCUAUGCCAGAGAGCUGAGGCCUGUUUACACCUGGCCUCUGAAAAACACGCUCUGCAACAUCAGCUUCUGCAGUCAUUUAAACAAGUGAUGAAGGUACAUCUGAAAGACCUGGAAGACCACAAGGCCCUGGUUAGCUUUUACGAAGACCUGAAGACCACCCAGGAGGUCCUGUCAGCUUCCAAGCAGCAGACAUCCUCGCCUGAAGUUGUGGCACUGCCCGGGGAAGGGGAGGUGGAGAAAAGAAAAAUUGAGAGUCCUCAGCCCAACAGCACCAGUCCUGAAGAAGUGAGAGGCUCAAAGGCUGCGGUGUCACAGAAGAAGGCAGUGAUUAAGGAGCAAGUGGAGGACCUUGGAUGUCAACUCAUGCUGCUCUCUGAGCACAUGAGGAAUUGUGAGGAGGAAGAUGAACAAGUGGAGGAGGAGCAGCAGGAGGAAGAAAAGGAGGAGGAGGAGCAGGAGGAGGAGGAUGAAAGAGUGGAAGAGGAGGACAAACGAGGAGAGGAGGAGGAGCAGAAGACGCAGGAGAAGGAGAAGGAUGAGGAUGAACAAGUGGAGGAGGUGGAGAAACGAAUGGAGAAUGAUGAGAAGGAGCAGGAAAAGCAGGAUGAUUAAGGCCAGUGUUGAGGUUAUGAUUAGGAUAGUGUUUAGGAUUUGAGUGAGGUCUAGGGUAAAGAUUAUGAAUAAGGUUAGUUCUAGCCUUGGGAUUAGGGCUAGGAUUUGUUUCUGGAUUUAGGUUUAGGGCUGUCUCAGUUUAACAUUAGGAUCAGGGGUAGGACUAGGGCUAGACCCAGGGCUAAGGUUAUUUUUAUGAUUAUUGUUUUAGUUAGGAUUAGAUCUAAAGCUGUGCUUAUGCUUCAUUUAAGUUUAGGUUCAGUGUUACAUUUACAGUUAUAGAUAGUUUUAGAUACUGGGUUAGGAAUAGAGUUACAGUUGGAAUUAGAGGUACAGCUAGUGCUACGGUGAGGUUUAGGGUUAGGCUUUGUAUAAAAUUUGGAGUCAUGGGUAUUUGCUAAGUUUUGGUUAGGAUGUGUUUUGGCCUAGAGUUAUGUCUAAUGGUAUAAGCAGGCUUAGGGUUGGGCUGAAAUUACAGAUGUAUGCUUGUGUUAGGCUUAUGUCUAAGUUAGGUGCAUGGCUAAGGCUAGGAUAAGGUUAGGGUUAUUGUGCACUAUAUAUUUGAGUAGGUUUAGGGUUAGGGCUGGUGGUAGGUUAGUUCUAGCACUAGGGUUAGAUUUAGUGUUAGAGGCAAUGUUAGACUCAGGACUAAAGUUCAGUUUAAGCUAGGGUUUGUGUUUCUGUUUGAGUCAGGUUUAGGUCAUGUGUUGUAUAUUGUUAUGGAUUAAGAACUGGUGGUCAACUUAAUUCCAGCUGGAUUACAUCAGCAUGGCACUGAGUGAAAAUGAUCCACCUGAGCAAAGUCACCAGGAUAAACUGGUGGAGAAGAAUGGAGGUGUUGAGACUUUGGGGUGUUAAUGCAUUGUUGCAUUGAGGCAUUGUGAGUUGUCCUAUGAGUUGCUGUUUGAGCUGUUAGAUUCUCCUGGAGAAGCUUUGUUCCACACAUCGAGCACUGCUUCCUGGCUCCAAAGAGGAAGACAUGUGCUGCUUGGUCUCCAGGAUGAGCUGGUUAUGCUGGCUUCCUGGCAUGUGCCUGACUAUGCUUGUCUUUGGAAGAGCUCGGGGCCUCCAUGUCACUGAGUAUGGCUGUGGUGUCUUUCAGUACAGCCCUGGUCUUUGUUGUGAGUGUGACUUCACGGCUCCAGUGUAGAACCCUCAUCCCACCAGCAUACCUCCUUCAUCCUGCUGGCAUAGACUUUUUGGCUUCCACCACUGACAUUUGGGCCUUCCCAGCAUGGAUCCGUAAAAGAGACUCAUGGGAGUCCUUCUUGUGGGCUCUGGACCUCUAGUUGGACUCAUGGGAGGCAUUGUGAUGAGCUUUGGGUUUUUAUCUGGACUCAUGUGGGUCAUUGCUGUGGGAUUUAGGCUCUUGACUAAAUCUAUGUCUUUGGUGUUGCGGAUAGAUUUCCUGCAUUUUCUUGUGUUAACUCCCAGUGACCAUUAUAAAAAUAAUAUUACAAA